AAAAAAAAAAAAAAAAAUGUGGCCCCCGUCUGGUAAUCAUGGGGGGAUGCCCCUGAUGACUAGAUUGGUAGCUGUGGCUAUCGACAGGGAUAAGGGUAGCCAAAUUGCUCUGAAAUGGGCUGUUGACAAUCUUCUUGCCAAAGGCCAGACUGUAAUUUUGGUUCACGUCAAAGUGAAACAGUAUUUUUCAGGAACGCCGACAUCCCCGUCUUUGCCUAGCCCUUGGCCUAACAGUCCUUCAGGUCCCGGUGAUGAAAAUGGAGAUGAUGCACAAUUCAAGGACUUAUUUCUCCCUUUCAGAGUCUUUUGCACACGAAAAGAUAUACGAUGCUUUGAUGUUGUGCUGGAUGAAACAGACGUAGGCAAAGGUAUAAUCGAGUUUGCAAAGCAAUCUGCAAUUGACGUGUUGGUUCUUGGUGCUACAGUGAAAGGCAGCAUCUUCAGAUUCAAAGCAAAGGACAUACCUGGGAGCGUGUUAAAAGGUGCUCCUGAUUUUUGCACCAUAUAUGUCAUCCACAAAGGCAAGAUCUUGUCCACACGGGCUGCUUCUCGCCCGGCCCCAUCUAUUCUGAGCCCGAUUCGUAAUCAGAUAAUGUGUCAAGCUAGCAGCAAGAUUAAUGGAUCAGAACAGCCAAUGGCCUCCACUCCCAGUUCUAGAAGUUCAUCCUCAGGACACUCGAGGUUAGGAUCUGAACCAUUGCCUAGGCAGAUGGAGGCAAUUGCCAUCAAGUCACCGUUCACUCACAGGCGGGCGCCAAAUGGAAAAGCAUACGAGGUGUCUGCACCAGAGACCGACAUAUCAUUUGUCGGCUCGUCUACAAGGAGAAGUGUCGAUGCAUUUCCCAAUUUUAGCGAGAGUUUUGAUGGGGCUCUCACUCCUCCUCGGCUUUCUGGAUUCUCGGAAAUUGAGUACUCUGACCCGUGGCACCAGGGACGCAAGUCGGUGGACAUCUCGUCCCCUCUUGAACUCUCGUCUCCGUUCGAGAACGAGAAGGCAUUCUCGGCACAAACAAUGGCAAUGGAACUCCAGCGCUGGAAAAUGGAAGAACAGAAGAGGCUGGAAGAGGCCCGGUUAGCAGAAGAAGCCGCACUUGCCCUAGCAGAAAAAGAAAAGGCCAGGUCCAAAGCGGCCCUCGAACAUGCCGAAGCCGCCCAGAGGCUAGCCGAGCUGGAGGCCCAGAAGCGGAUCAAUGCAGAAAUGAAGGCCCUAAAAGAAGCAGAAGAGAAGACGAGGAUGUUCAGCUCAUUGGCACAGUCGGACACCCGAUACAGGAAGUACACGAUCGAAGAUAUUGAAGUUGCUACAGAAUAUUUCGCGCAGUCGAGAAAGAUUGGGGAAGGUGGUUAUGGGCCUGUCUACAAGUGCUACCUGGAUCAUACUCCGGUCGCGGUGAAGGUCCUCAGGCCCGAUGCUACUCAAGGGAGAUCUCAGUUUCAGCAAGAGGUCGAGAUCUUGAGCUGCAUACGUCACCCGAACAUGGUCCUCCUUCUGGGCGCCUGCCCCGAAUACGGCUGCCUCGUCUACGAAUACAUGUCCAACGGCAGCCUGGAGGACCGUCUCUUCAUGCACGGCAACACCUCUCCACUGUCCUGGCAGCACAGGUUCCGUAUCGCAGCAGAGAUCGGCACUGGCCUUCUCUUCCUCCACCAGGCCAAGCCCGAGCCCCUCGUCCACCGUGACCUCAAGCCAGCCAACAUCCUCCUCGACCGAAACUACGUCAGCAAGAUCAGCGACGUCGGCCUGGCGCGCCUCGUCCCGCCGUCCGUGGCCGAUAACGUCACCCAGUACCGAAUGACCUCGACAGCUGGCACUUUCUGCUACAUCGACCCUGAGUACCAGCAGACGGGCAUGCUCGGGGUUAAAUCUGACAUUUACUCUCUCGGGAUUAUUUUCCUGCAGAUAUUAACGGGGAAGUCCCCCAUGGGCCUCACUCACCAUGUGGAGCGGGCCAUUGAGCGCGAGGCUUUUAGGGAGAUGCUCGACCCAUCUGUGCCCGACUGGCCAGUCGAGGAGGCCCUGUUGCUGGCACAGCUGGCGCUGCAGUGUGCGGAGCUCAGGAGGAAGGAUAGGCCGGACCUUGGGAAAGUGGUGCUCCCUCAGCUUAAUAAGCUGAGGGAGAUUGCGGAGGAUUCUAUGUUGAGUGUGGUGCCGUAUAUGGGGACACCGUCCCCCACCAGUAGCCAAGUCUCUAUGUCCAAAGACGAUCUGAGUUUUCCACCAUCAUCAUCCACGCAGUCAAGCAUGGGGAGUUGAUGUGCAGGUAGAGAGUAUCUCUGUUCACUGAAAAAUAGUUCUGGCUGUACACAGAAAGAAGAAAACCAUUUUUUUCUAAACUGUUAAUAGAAAUCAACGAAUUGUGGAUUUUAACUUUGUUUUGAGUCCUUUUAUCUAAACAUUUUUAGGCUCUAAACGGCUAAAAAAUAGUGCAUGUUUUGUGAGGAUUUUGUUUUCUUCAGCUUCAAUAUAUAGUCUGGCCUGAGCAAUAUGGAUUGUCUGUCUUUCAACUAUAUAGUUUUUUUUUUUCUAAUUAUCUGGAGAAAAUAAAUGAUAUUUUACAUAGAUCAACUUGUACUUUCAGCUGACUCUCUGUAUUGCAUUUUACCAUGCGGGUCAAAGUUUUGUGGCUUUUAC